AUAAUUUGAUAUUAUCUUUGCUUCCAACCACCUUCCAAAUGGCCCAAGCCAAUGUCUACUACUUUUAUUUAUUCACUUUCACAGCUAAACUAUCCCUAGUCUCCUUCUCUAUUUGCUAUUAGCUACCUUCCAAACUCCCCAAGUAUAAAUCCUCCUAAAACCUCAGCAUUCGUGGCAAAUACCCUACAACUCUCUCUCUCUCUCUCUCUCUCGCUUUCUGGAGCCUAGCGUAUCAAAUUCAACCUUUGAUAUCUUUCUGGUAUAAAUCAUUUUCAAGACAUCCAUUUUCCACAACAAAACCCGAUCUCCCUCCCUUCCUUUCUCUCAAUACUAGGUUCUCAAAUGGCUACAGCUUCGCUUACAAUUUCUCCAAGAAAGCUCCGAUCAGAUCUAUAUUCCUAUUCAUACAAAAAUGACUCCAAUACCCCACUAGUAAUAUCUGUUCUUGCUUCAUUGAUCGAGAGAACCAUGGCAAGAAAUGAGAGAAUCGCCAAGAACUGUAUAUGGGCAUUAUCAAAAGACAUUAGAACUAGGGUCUUUAAUUGCUACGAGACGCCGGACAUGACAAUCCAAUCCUAUCUUGAGAGAAUUUUCCGAUACACUCGAGCAGGGCCCUCCGUUUAUGUUGUUGCUUAUGUUUACAUUGAUAGGUUUUGCCAGGCCAAUCCUGGAUUUAGGAUCAAUGCAAGAAAUGUGCAUAGGCUUCUCAUCACAACUAUCAUGGUGGCUUCCAAAUAUGUAGAGGACAUGAAUUACAGGAAUUCUUAUUUUGCAAGAGUUGGGGGAUUAACUACGGAUGAGCUGAAUAAGUUGGAACUUGAAUUUCUGUUCUUGAUGGGCUUCAAAAUGCAUGUGAACUUGAGUGUUUUUGAGAGCUAUUGUUGCCAUUUAGAAAGGGAAGUGAGCAUUGGAGGAGGAUAUCACAUAGAGAAGACUUUGAGAUGUGCUGAGGAAAUCAGAUCAGGGCAAAACGAGGAGAAGAGAUAUAUCAAUCAAAUUACUCGAAUUAUGCUGUAGAUUAGAUUUUUUAUUAGGAAAUUUUCUUCAGGCAUCUUGUGUACAUAUUGAAAUGUAUAAAUAUGUAAUGCUUUAUUGGGAUUUUGGGCUUCGCUAAAAACCAGUGAAGCCCAUACAGAGUGAUGUGUAACAGUGUAAGGAAUGGGUUUUUACGCGAGGAAAUGCUUGCUUAUAA